GCAUGAGCAUGAAGGAGGGCACAUUGUGACUAGGAGAAGGGAGAUUGAACGGUUCUAUUCGACGUGUAGUUAGGGACCAGCUGCUUCUAGACCUGCUGGAGACGCAUGACUUGAAAUGAUCGAUGUCUGCUGGUGCAAAUGACAACAGGAACCGAUUCCAGAUCCUUGAAAGUUGCAGUUUGAUAAGCGUCCAGCAGAGGCCAGCCAUGCCACACAUCAACACCACCGAGCUGCAGUCGCUCCUGCUCUCCUUCCUGCAGCACUGCCUCAACAGCACAAGCAUACUCUCUCCACCGAUACCACAGAAUUACACCAGCCAGCACCAUGUGGAUGGAGCCAGGGCCCACUCUCAGUCUCAGGGCAUGAUGUACAUCCUUCUGGUGGUCGGCAUGUUCAGCUUCUUCACAUUUGGCAUCAUGCUCAGCUACAUUCGCUCCAAGAAGCUUGAAAGCUCUCACGACCCAUACCACCAGUACAUCGCCCACGACUGGACCAAGGUGAUCACUCCGUCCCGGGCCGUCGCUCAGGCUCUGCACAGGGAGGCUGCGGGUAACGGAGGCGGCAGCAAGGAGCCCACAGUCAUCUGCAACCCUGCAACACUGGAGCAGCUGCCAGACUAGAAUGACACAUUCAGCUAUUUAAAAACUUCCCAGAUUGAAAAAUGUAAACCUCUGUAACACAAGAUUUUUUAUUUUUUUUUAUUA